GCACUCGAAACGACUCAGGUGACCGAGGAGGACCUUGAAGGCGAAGACAACAGGUGCGGAAUGUGUCAUGAAGAUUACGCAGUUGGCGAAGAGUGGUCGAAGCUCCCGUGUACUCACAGAUUCCACAAGGACUGCGUGACACCGUGGCUAAACGAGUAUAGUCAGGAUGGGCGGUGUCCCUAC